ACAUUAUAGACAAAGAAAGGAAAAAGGAGCCGUGAAGUACAGCCACCUGACGGGGGGAAGGGCAUCACUGAAAUCUCAACAUGUCAGAUCUAGAAUCACUGAAUCAUGAAUCCACAACAUUUGAUUAUUCCGACUACUACAGUGACUCUCCCACGUUGUACCAUCCUUGCAACGAUGUGGACUUGAUGAAUUUUGGGAGAGUGUUUCUGCCCACGCUCUACAGUUUGGUUUGCAUUGUGGGAUUUCUAGGUAAUGGUUUAGUGGUGUGUCUCCUGGUGAAACACCGCAACCAUACCACUUUGACAGACAUCUGCCUUUUCAACCUGGCUUUCUCCGACCUUGUCUUCCUGCUCACACUGCCUUUCUACGCUCACUACUCCAUGAUCAACCACUGGAUUUUCGGGGACUUCAUGUGCCGUUUCAUGUCAACCUGCCACUACACCGGCUACUUCAGCAGUGUCUUCUUCAUGGUUGUCAUGACACUGGACCGCUACGUGGUCAUCGUGCACAUUCACAGGGCGGCAGGUUAUCGCACGCUGAGGGCAGGCGUUGUUCUCAGCAUGUCCAUCUGGCUGCUGAGCCUUGGCGUCUCUCUACCAGGGUUUAUCUUCUCAAAGGUCACAGAUAAUUUUAAUUACUCAAGUUGUUCCCAAGACCUGGAAAACAGUACCUGGAACAUUUACAACAUCAUUGUGACAAAUAUAGUGGGUCUCGUGAUUCCCUUGCUGGUGAUGGUAGUUUGCUACUCUAAGAUCAUCCCUACACUGAUGAACAUGAGGAGUGUGAAGAGGCACCGCGCUGUGAAGUUGAUUGUCUUUUUAGUGGCUGCCUUUUUCUUCCUCUGGGUCCCAUUUAACAUUUGCAGUUUCUUGUACUUUCUGAAGUCGACAUACAUAUCCCCGAAUGAAUGCCACACAGAUUUAAAGCUGUCCCUUAUCGUGACCGAGACCUUUGCUUACACUCACUGUUGCCUGAAUCCCAUCAUAUACGCUUUUGUUGGACAGAAGUUUAUGAAACGAGCCUUGCAGCUGCUGAGGAAGUGGGUUCCUGGGAAUCGGACUCUCUCCACCAGAGAUUUGACAGAUAGCUCCUUCAGGAAAAGCUCUGUCUCAUCCAGGUCCAGUGAUAUGAUCGCCACUAUUAUCAUUUAGGAGGUGGAGGGCAGAUGUGAUACAGUUUAUGGAUACCGCCCUUCAGCUUUUGACCUCCGCCAAGGAGUU